ACAUGACACAUUUUGACAGUAAAGCAGCAAUUUUGUCUAUGGUGUACAUGGUGGUGUGAUGUGAACUGUGCAUAGAUAUUUUGCGAAUAAUAAAAUAUUGGCGAAUAAUUAGUUCAAUAUUAUAGUGUAAUGUCGUGACAGUGUUAUAAAAAUGCAGUUCUACAAAGAAAGAAUACUCAAUGCUGCGCAGUUGAAAAGACUAAGUGAACACAAAUACUCUUGCACCAGUGCCAGCGUUCUUGACGCAUGGCUCCAGCCGUGGUGGUGUUGGCUGGUAUCAAAGACGCCUUUAUGGCUAGCUCCGAAUCUCAUCACAAUUUUAGGUCUAAUUGUAAAUAUAGUAACCACGCUUAUAUUAGUAUGGUACAGUCCUGAUGCCAGACAAGACCCACCAAGAUGGGCAUGUGCUCUGUGCGCCUUAGGUGUCUUUGUUUAUCAGAGCCUGGAUGCCAUUGAUGGUAAACAAGCAAGACGGACAGGCAGUCAAUCUCCUUUGGGAGAAUUGUUUGAUCAUGGAUGUGACAGCAUAUCCACUGUGUUCAUAGCUUUGGGUGCUUGUAUUGCUGUCAAGCUCGGAGAGUAUCCAACCUGGAUGUUCUUUCAGUGUUUCUGUGCGAUGACUCUGUUCUACUGCGCACACUGGCAAGCCUACGUAACGGGGACGUUGAAGAUGGGUCGGAUAGACGUGACCGAGGCUCAGUUCUCGAUUAUCGGCAUACAUCUAAUAUCCGCUGUCCUCGGACCCGACUUCUGGUCCACUCAGUUGCCGACGAUUAAGAUCAGUGUUAAUCUGAUAUCGAACUAUGUUGUCGUACUGUUCACGCUGUAUCUCGUGGCUGCGUACAUAAACGUUAUAGUCAAAGGUGGAGUCGGGAAAAACGGGUCGACCGUCGCAGGCACGAGCAUCCUGUCUCCGGUGAUACCGUUCUCGCUGGUCGUGGUGCCGGCGUUUAUCAUCUUCCAGAAGAGCGAGUCGCACGUGUACGAGAACCACCCGGCGCUCUACAUCUUAGCGUUCGGCAUGGUCACGGCGAAGGUCACGAACAAACUGGUGGUGGCUCACAUGACUAAAAGCGAGAUGGAGUACUACGACUGGUCACUGCUGGGGCCGGCGAUGCUGUUCCUUAACCAGUACUUCAACAACGCGCUGCCGGAGUACUGGGUGCUCUGGCUCUGCACGGUGUGGGUGUGCGGGGAGCUGGUGCGCUACUGCGGACAGGUCUGCCGCGAGAUCUGCGACCACCUCGACAUCCAGCUGUUCCGCAUCCCGCGCGCCGCGCCCGCCCCCGCCUCCGCCUCCGCGCCCGCGCACAGCAAGGCCGCGCCCGACAGAAACGCGCCCUGUGAACCGGAUAGAUCGGACGCGGAGGACACAGAGCCGCUGUUGAAUAAUAAUAGUAUUAGUUAAUUAAUGUUUGUGACUUAUUAAAGCUGUAUAAAAUGUU